AUGGGUCGUCGAGGUGUCAAGAUGUAUCUAUAUAUUAACGAAUUUUCUGCUAAGUACUGUCACCAAAUUUUACUUAGACAAUUAGAAUCAAACCAGUAUAACCCAUUAGAAUGGGCUAUAAAUGCUGCUAGUCUUUCUCAAUACUAUCUUAGUGUGGAUGAUUAUAUGAUGGCAAGGCAUUGCCUCGCAAGUUCUUGCUACAUAUUACAGGAAGCUGACGACUCUACCAUUGCACGGCGCAAAGCUGACAUCAGCCGCUGUUGGGCAAAAUAUGGUUUGUCACUUCUCGAGUCCUCUAAAGAAUUCUCUAUUAUUAAUCUUAUCAGACAUUUGGAUAGAACUGAUUUGGUAAAUGAGAAAAAAAAUUCAUCGGAAGCUGACCAUAAUGCAGACAAGGAGCCGAUUACAGCUCGAUUCAAACUGGAAUUAACAGAUCUGGAAGAAAAUAUGCCUGAAAAAUUUGUAAAAGAUUUCCCGUCUGCACGAGAAGUAUUUAUUGCUGUUCAGAAGUGGUUAAAUGAUGCGAAAGACUAUUAUGUUAUUGAUAGCUAUUGCAAUGAUUAUGUUGAAAUAAUGAGGGAUCAUAGUAAGGCUUAUAUGUUAGCGUGUUUUGAAACUGACCAAAAUCGACAAUGUAAGAUGCAGAAGCAUCGCAUAGAUUUACUAAGUAAACUACUCGAAGCACUUAAUGCGCAGCAUUAUCUCCACGUUUGUCGUCAAUUAAUGUACGAACUUGCAGAAACAUACUCCAGUUUAUUAGACAUCAAGGUAAACAUAUUUCAAAACGAGGAAUCUUCGAGGACACCACAUGCAAUUAAAAAAAUUGAUUUAUUAGUCUCUCAAAGCAUCGACCAUUAUAUGAAAUACAUCCAUUCAAUCAAAGGUGGUCGUGCACAAUUGCCAGAUAAGCUCGACGAAUCUGAUGUUCAUCCAACAUUAAUUGCAUAUUUUUGUGUCGGUAACCUUUACACAAAAUGCUUAGGCGAAAUGUGUAACCUUUACACAAAAUUCAUUUGUUCAGAUGCGGAGAUGAAAAUCAAAAAUAUUGAAAGAAGACUUGCAUGUUUCAAAUGUAUUGUUGAUUAUUGUCGUAAGGACCCAAAGGGAUCGGAAUUUAUUGCUAAUGAAUUGCAAAUAUGUGAAGAAAUGGUGGAACUUUUGCCCCAAAAAAUAGAACAACUUAAAAUGGACCCUUCAGCUGAUAUCACAUGUUAAUCUUAUUGUUUUCUUCUAUGGUAAACUGUUUUUAUUUCUUUUUAAACGAUAUUUUUUU